AUGUCGGUCCGCCGCGCCCUGGCGCUCGCCGCCUGCGGGCUGGCGGGCGGCUCCGUCCUGCUCUCUGCCGUCGUCGUGGGCAAGCAGCCGGCCCGCGGCGGUGGCGAUAGCGAGCCGCGCCCGGGCGGCUCCGCCAGACCCGCCGGCACCGGCAGCUACUGGGACAGCAACUGGGACAGACGUGAACCACUGGCUCUUAUCAACCUCAAAAAGAAGAAUGAAGAAACGGGGGAGGAAGAGCUUGCCUCUCGCUUAGAUCACUGCAAAGCAAAAGCCACCAGGCACAUAUUCCUUAUCCGUCAUUCCCAGUACAAUUUGGAUGGCCGGGCUGAUAAAGACAGAACUCUGACUCCACUGGGUCGAGAGCAGGCUGAACUGACUGGACACAGGCUGGCAAGCUUGGGAUUAAAAUUUGAUCAGAUUAUCCACUCCUCCAUGACUAGAGCAACUGAAACAACUGAAAUUAUAAGCAAACAUCUCCCAGGAGUUAAAAAAAUCAGUACUGAUCUGCUGAGAGAGGGAGCACCUAUAGAACCAGACCCUCCAGUCUCCCACUGGAAACCAGAAGCUGUGCAGUAUUACGAAGAUGGAGCUCGAAUUGAGGCUGCUUUUCGGAACUUCAUUCAUAGAGCUGAUGCCAAGCAGGAGGAGGACAGCUACGAGAUCUUCGUGUGCCACGCCAACGUCAUCCGCUACAUCGUGUGCAGAGCACUGCAGUUCCCCCCAGAAGGCUGGCUGCGCCUGUCUCUCAACAACGGCAGCAUCACUCACUUGGUGAUACGUCCCAACGGCAGAGUGGCCCUUCGAACACUGGGUGACACAGGUUUCAUGCCACCAGACAAAAUCACACGCACCUGAGUGAGCCAGAUGGAUGGAUGGCUGUCUGGGAGCUGCCUCUAGUCUCUUUGCACUAGCACAUUCUGCUACAGUACCACUAGAUUUUUAUUACAUUGGGGUGUGAUGCUGUCUUAAAAUGUCCUUUAGCCCCAUUCCUCUUUCGUAUUCAUAUCUGCCUUUCACUCCAGAGAAGAAGAAACCAUUGUAAGCCUGAACAUGUCCAGUCCUUAAGUAUUCCCCAAAACUCAAAGCUGAGCUGUGGAAUACAGGUUGAAUGUCUGCUCAGCACUUGCAAGAGCACUGACUUUUCCCCCACCCUGCUGUGAAUUUCUCUAACCAAAGCUUGCUCCUGUGGGUAUUUUCCUUGUGCAGGAAAAGCAAUUGGUGUGGGAACAGCCUUGUGUCACACUGCAGGCUAAAACAAAAGGUGAGCCAGCUUGUUCCAGCUCCUGCAGAAGUGACAAACAGGGUAUUCUGCUGUCUUAAGGACAAAGGGAUAAAGCUUCAGUUUUUGUAAACUGUUGAGUGUGUAUGUUGAUAUUGUGUCAUUGUUCCCCUCU